CAAAGGAGAAAAACUUCCAGAGCACCUACAGAUCUAGCGGAAAGAGAGAGAGCAUUUCCACUGGGUCACGCUCUUUUCCAUCCAUCAACUCUUCUUCCCAAAUCAAUCGGAGAGACUCUUUGCAGCCUGGAGUAAUGGCUGACGUGCUUCUCUCAGCCUUGCUACCGGUGGUAAUGAGGAAGGCGACCGACCAUGUUCUCCAACAGUUUGGAGUGAUGUGGGGCAUCCAUGAGAAGCUAAAAAAGCUGGAAAGAAAGCUGUUGGCAAUCCAGUCCAAACUUGGAGAUGCAGAGGAGCGACAAGUCAAGGAUGCGGCUGUGAAGAGCUGGUUGGCAGAUCUGAAGGAUGCAGCCUACGAAGCAGACGACAUCCUGGAUGAGUUCAAUAUGGAAGCAAUGCGGCGGAAGGCAGAGAUUCAGAUCGAUAUGACAAAAAGGGUGCGCAGCUUCUUUUCUUUUCAUAAUCCAAUUUGGUUUCGUUUUAAAAUGGGGCGAAAGUUGAAUGCUAUUGUUGAAAAAAUAGAGAAACUAGCAGACGAGGGAAAUAAAUUUGGUUUCGAGGUCAAAACCCAACCCCAAAACAGGGACAGGCCACAAACCCACUCUUAUGUUGAUGAGUCAGAGGUCAUCGGUAGGGAGGAAGAUAAAGAAAGAAUAGUGAAGUUGCUACUGGAUCAUGAUACCAACCAGAAUGUUGCAGUCCUUCCCAUAGUUGGGAUGGGGGGUUUGGGUAAGACCACACUGGCCCAAUUGAUUUACAAAGAUCAGAGGGUGGAGAAACAUUUCCAGCCGCUCAUAUGGGUCUGUGUGUCGGAUGAGUUCGAUGUUGCAAAACUUGCUAAAGCAAUAAUAGCUUCAGCCACAGGGGUUCAGUGCGAGCUAUCAAACAUGGAGUUGUUACAACGCCGCCUUCGAGAAGUUGUAAGUGGGAAGAGGUACUUACUUGUAUUAGAUGAUAUUUGGAACGAGGAUCAGGCAAAGUGGGAUCAGCUAAGAACUUUACUAGGAACUGGUGGAGAAGGGAGUAGGAUUGUUGCGACUACACGAAGUGAGCGGGCAUCGUCGAUAAUGGGUACCCUCGGCACUUAUUACCUACCGUAUUUGACUGCGGAUGUUUCUUGGGAAUUGUUUAGGAAGAGAGCAUUUGAAGGGGGAGCAGAAGAGCCUCAAAAUCUCGUAACCAUCGGCAAGGAGAUUGUCAAGAAAUGUGGUGGGUUGCCUCUGGCAGUGAAUACACUGGGGGGAUUAAUGCAUUCCGAGACCCAGGAGUCGGAAUGGCGGUCCGUGAGGGAUAGCGAGAUUUGGGAUCUGCAGGUCGCUGAAGAUGGGAUCUUGCCAGCACUAAGGUUGAGCUACAGUCACUUGCCUUCCCAUUUAAAACAAUGCUUUGCUUUUUGUGCCAUAUUUCCGAAGGAUUAUGAGAUGGAAAAGGAUUUGUUGAUUCAACUAUGGAUGGCCAACGGAUUCAUUCCAUCCUAUGGAAGAAAGGAGUUGGAAGACAAAGGGCAUGAGAUUUUUAAUGAGUUGGCUUGGAGAUCCUUCUUUCAGGAUAUCAAGGAAACUGGGGAGAAUGCCUUAUACGGGCGUCUUUAUUAUCAAACAAGAUGCAAGAUGCAUGACCUCAUGCACGAUCUGGCGCGAUCCAUUAUGGGGAAUGAAUGCCUUGCCACACUGGACCCUGCCAGGUGGGAAGAUAUGUCUACGAAAGCCCGUCACUUGUUUGCAUUUAGGAAAGUUCAAUUGAAUAAUUAUCCAAAUAUUCGCACUCUCCGGUGCCCGGGAUUCUCUGCUAGUAUUCCUGCGGAUUCAUCAAACCCAAAGUCCUUGAGAGCAUUGGAUCUGCAUUAUUCUAAUAUCAAACGACUGCCUAUUGCAAUUGCAUAUUUGCAACAUCUGAGAUACCUCGACCUCUCUGGUAACCCUAUUGAAGCAUUACCGGAUGCCACCAGCACACUUUUCAAUCUACAAACUCUGAAACUCUCUCGCUGCAAGAAUCUACGUAAGCUGCCCGAAAACAUAAGAAAUAUGAGUAGCCUGAGGCAUCUCUACAUUGACAGAUGUCCUAGUCUGAAGCACCUGCCAGCAGGUAUCGGGAAAUUGAGCAGCCUGCGAACGUUGACCAAAUAUUUUGUAGGAAAUGAUGCUGGAUGGCGUAUAGGUGAGUUGAAUAGCUUAAAUCUCGGUGGCCAUCUAGAGCUGUAUAACUUGAGGAAUGUGAGGGAUGCAGCAGAUGCUAAAGAAGCUAAUCUUAGUUCCAAACAUAACCUUUGCUCAUUAAUAAUAUGCUGGGAUAUGGUUGAGUGGUAUCUCCCUUUCCGCUAUGAAGAAAGUGCCCAUGAAUGUUUCGAAGAAGAUGUUUUGCCAGCAGAAAAUGCCGAAGAGGUGUCGGAAGCCUUUAGACCUCAUGAUGGCUUAAAACUGCUGAAAGUAUGGCGCUACGGGGGUGGCAGCUUUCCAACAUGGAUGAUGGACUCUCUAUUGCUGCAACAUGUAGUUGAAAUCUAUCUGGGAGUUUGCACAAGAUGUCAAUAUCUCCCGCCUUUGUGGCAGCUACCUUCUCUUAAAUUUCUGUACAUGAUUAAGAUGGAUAGCGUCAAGCACAUCCGCAGCAGCACCAUCUAUGGCAACGCAAGCAAUGGCACAGUGCGACCAUUCCCCUCACUGAAAAGAUUAGUGUUGCAUACGAUGAAGAGCUUGGAGAAGUGGUCAGAGUUUGAAGGAACUGCAGAAGUCCCGUUGGUUUUUCCUCACCUUGCUGAGCUUAAGAUCAUCAAUUGCCCAAAUUUGAUGACCAUGCCAGAGCUACCAUCUCUCCAAAGUUUAGAAAUGAAUGGAACUACUAGUAAGAAGUCGGGCUUGAUCUGUAGUCUGACGACACUCUCUUCCCUUACUUCUCUCCUAUCUUUGAGGAUGAAACAUUGUGAUGAUCUGGUCUACUGGUCGGAGAAGGAGUUUCGUGGCUUGAACUCACUGAAGAUGUUAAGUCUCCAUCAUUGCAACAAGUUGGUUGGCCCGUCACCUUUGCCAUUAUCCUCGCCAUCAUCAGGGGAUGGAGAGCUCCUACCAAACCUGGAAGAGUUGGAUAUUAGAAAUUGUGAUAGUCUGCUGGAAUUGCCCAAGUUGCCUGCUUCCCUCAGAUCACUGUAUGUUGGCUACUGCCGCAAAAUAAAUUCCUUGACAGACGGCCUGCGACUCCUACCAAAUCUAGAAAAGCUGGAUAUUACACGUUGUGAUGGUCUGCUGGAAUUGCCCAAGUUGCCUGCAUCCCUCAGAUCACUGACUGUCUACCACUGCCCAAAAUUGAAUUUCUUGAUGGAAGCCCUGCGACUCCUACCAAACCUGGAAGAGCUCGAUAUUGAACAUUGUGAUGGUCUGCUGGAAUUGUCCAAGUUGCCUGCUUCCCUCAGAUCACUGAAAGUUGGGUACUGUCCCAACAUAAAUUCCUUGACAGAAGGCUUGCGACAUGCCACCUCUCUUGAGAGUGUCAAUAUUUCAGAUUGCCCAAGCCUGACUUCUCUGCCGGUAGAUCUGGGGCACCUAACAGCACUCAAGAAGAUGGAUAUCAGCGAGCUUCAUGGCUUGGAAUCUUUGCCACAAGGGCUGGGACAGCUCGCUGCACUCGAGUCUCUGUUCAUCAACGGUUGCAACAAAUUAUCAUCUCUGCCAGAAGAGAUGCAGAGCCUCACUGCCCUUCAGGAUCUGUUUAUUAGCUGUUGCCCUCGGUUGUCAUCACUCCCAAAAGGUCUACAACGACGACUUCCUGGACUUGAGAAUCUAGCCAUUGAAGGCUGCCCCGAUCUGGAGAGACAGUGCAAGAGAGGAGGACCGUAUUGGGACCUCAUCUCACGCAUCCCCAGUACUGAAAUAUCGUCUAAGAGGAGGGGCAACUUCAGCACAUUCCUUCCUUCCUUUUCUUGCUUUAGAAGACCAUCUACAGCUUAAUGUCAUCCCAGUCCUUUCCAGAUGAGCAGCAAAUUUAGCUUCAGGAUGAAUUAAGAGAGUUCACGGUACAAGCUGCUUUCUUGUCGAUCAUUUCAGCAUGGAACUUCUUGCUAUUCUAAAUUUAAUAACAGAAAAAACGGCAUACUAUGCCUUGGAUAAACUUUUCAAAGAUUUCCAAACAUUCAAUGAUCAAGUGGCUUCGUAUGAAUCUUCCUGAUAGAUUUGCUUUUGUUGUUGUUACGCAUUUAAAGGGACACCAGGAAGAGAUAAGCUUAACUGCCUUUCAGAAGACGUUAUUUGGCAUGUAAUGUGAUGUUGAUUGUUUUCUCUUAACCUUAUUUUAUUUCAUAUCCUUCGAUAUAUAAAUAUUGUAUUUGAAGACUUUGGACAGUACUUCUGCUUUAUGUACCAAAAAUAAUUGAAAGAUGAAGUGUUCAUUAAUUAUUUGAACAUCCACUUUGGGUGCUCUAACCAUUUUUAAGUAGUAUCAUACAACAGCUAUUUGAUUGA